AUGAAGCCAGAAGAACUUCGCCAAGAAUUGGCAUCCUUAUCAUGCGAAGUGAAUACAGACGUGAAAGACGAAGUUGCCUUAUUUAUACAGAAAGAAUAUCCAAUUAAGGCAGGAUUCAUGAACCAAGUCGCACGUUUAUGCAACGCUAAUGUCAAAGGAUUAGAUUUUAAAAAAAGUGAUAAAGAACCAGAAAUCGUUGUCAAUAAGCAAUUAUUCUUCACGAGAGGGAAAAAUGGAGGAAACAUUGAUUUUCGAGUAGAUAUGAUGUUUGGUCGAGCACCGAUCCCGUAUUAUGAAGAUGAACAGGUCGGCUAUCGAGCGAUCAUACUGCCAUAUAAAAAUAAUUCUAUGCACAUGUACGUUAUUUUACCGGGAAAAAACAAGACGUUGAAAAAUCUUACAGAAUCGCUAAAACAUAAAGAUUUUGCAAAUAUCGCAGAGAAAUCCGCAAUAUCUGAAGUUUUUUAUGCUAUACCAAAAAUGCAUCUAGAAAAUACGUAUAGCGUGAAAUCAGCUAUACAGUCACGGACUGUUAGAACUUUAUUCGAUCCAGUAAGUGCCAACUUAAGUAAAAUUACCGAUAAACAGAUACACGUCUCAGAAAUUUUGCAAAAAGUUGUAAUAGACGUAAAUGAGAAGGCUGGUGAUACCACAACCAACAUAGGUACUACUACUAGUCAUAUCAACAAUGAUAAAUACAUCUAUUUCACCGUUAACAGACCUUUUGCUUUUUUUAUUUUCGAUGCUAAAGCUAAAGUCAUGACAUUGUGGGCCAGUAUUUAUAAACCGACCGGUUAUAAAUAA